AUGGAGUUGACAAUGAGCUCAGAUCGAAUAAACACGGAAACCGAAGAGGCCAAAAGUCUCCAUGGAGAGUUGUUGUCCAUCGUGAACACGCUGGUGUCGGCAGGAUACACCAAAGACUUCUCUCCCGCCGAUAAGGAACGUAUGGCAGGUGAUUUGGGUCUCUCAAAACCAGAUGGGGACGCCAUGUGGGAUGCCAUAAGCACUGUUCAAUGGACCAGCGAUCGAGGCGCUACGAUUUUCCAAACUUACCAAGAGGAAAGGUACUUCGAGAAGGCGCGGUGGCUGUUCUUCGACGAACUUUAUAGAGAGCUUCUGAGAUGGGACGCAGGAAACAUCGUCCCACCAGGCAAGGGAAGUCUUGAUCUGGGGUCAAGGCCAACUCGGCAUACAGAUCUGCUCACCCGAUACAAAAAUCAGCAGAGCCCUGCCAUUGAAAGUAAUUACGACCGGAUACGCCGCGAAUCGGAGGAGACCAGGUAG